GGGCAGGAAGGGAAAGGAGAUCCCCAUGUCGGCCAGGAAGCUCGCCGCCGGACUCUGGCGGCUACAGUUGCCGGAGAUGGGUGUCGAGAGACGGAGUGAACCGCAGUUAGGGUUUCAGCCUGAUGCUGGCCAUAUUGGGGCACCAUUUCUUCGCCAACGGAAUAGCAAAGGAUUUUCUUCUGAAGCUAAGGAUAAUUUACAAAGCCCUGGUUCCACCUCAAGGAGUGGAUUCUUGCGCAAGUUAUCAAACUCUGUCAUGGAGGGUGCAACAAAAUGGGAUCCUGUCUGCUUAAAAUCAUCAGAAGAGGCUCGCCAGAUUUACAGCCAAAUGAAGCUUCUUGACCAACAAGCGAGUGCUGCAUCAGUGGUGAAUGUACUUGAAUCUGAAUUAGAGCAGGCUCGAGCCCGCAUCCAGGAGCUUGAGUUGGAGCGACGUUCCUCAAAAAAGAAACUGGAACACUUCUUGAGGAACAUGAAUGAGGAAAAGGUUUCAUGGCGGAGCAGAGAGCAUGAGAAAAUUCGUGCAUUUAUUGACGACAUCAAGGUUGAAUUGAACCGAGAAAGAAAGAGUCGUCAGAGAACUGAAAUACUCAAUUCCAAAUUGGUGAAUGAGCUUGCUGAUACCAAGUUAUCUGCAAAGCGAUACAUGCAGGACUACGAAAAGGAAAGAAAGGCAAGAGAGUUAAUUGAGGAAGUAUGUGAUGAGCUUGCUAAGGAAAUUGGAGAAGACAAGGCUGAAGUUGAAGCAUUAAAGAGAGAAUCCAUGAAACUUAGAGAUGAAGUGGAAGAGGAAAGGAAGAUGUUGCAGAUGGCUGAGGUCUGGCGUGAGGAACGUGUUCAAAUGAAGCUUGUUGAUGCAAAGGUGGCAGUUGAAGAGAAGUAUUCUCUGAUGAACAAACUUGUGGCAGAUCUUGAGAAUUUUUUGAAGUCAAGAAGUUCAACCCCAGAGGUGAAGGAAGUGAGAGAAGGAGAGUUUCUUCGACAGGCUGCUGCUGCUGUAAACAUUCAAGACGUCAAGGACUUUUCUUAUGAACCCCCAAAUCCUGAUGAUAUCUUUUCUGUGUUUGAAGAAGUUAAUUUUGGUGAGCCUAAUGAGAGGGAGAUUGAACAGUGUGUUGCUUACAGUCCUGUUAGCCAUGCUUCCAAAAUUCGUACCGUGAGUCCUGAAGCUAAUGGAAUCCAUAAAAAUCGGAUCCAGAGGCACGCAAUUGCAUAUGUUGGUGAGAAUGGUGACAUAGAAGAAGAUGAGAGUGGAUGGGAAACUGUCAGCCAUCUUGAGUCAAGCUAUUCGCCAGAUGGGAGUGCCCCAUCAGUCAAUAAGAAUCACCGAGAGAGUAACGUCUCAGAGAGUGGAACCGAGUGGGAAGAAGAAAACUAUGGGGAGGAAACACCAAUUACUGAAAUCAGUGAGGUUUGCUCGGUGCCAACAAAGCAGUCAAAGAAGGUCUCAAGUAUAGCAAGGCUUUGGAGAUCUGGUCUGAAUAGUGAAGAUAACUACAAGAUUAUCUCGGUAGAGGGAAUAAAUGGUAGGCUCUCAAAUGGAAGGAUAUCCAAUGGGGGUAUUUUGUCUCCGGAUCGAGGGUCAGGUAAAGGUGGUUUCAGCCCCUCUGAUUUAGUGGGGCAGUGGAGUUCACCAGACUCUGGGAAUCAUCAUAUUCGGGGUAUGAAAGGGUGCAUCCCUCUUGGCGCGCAGAAGAACAGUUUGAAGGCAAGACUGUUGGAGGCAAGGUUGGACAGUCAAAAAGUCCAACUGCGUCAUGUGCUUAAACAGAAGAUCUAGACAUCGAGUAGCAGCAGAGCUUGCUCAUUAGAGACCCAGAAGAUUAAGGAGUCAACUUUUUGCUACUAGAAACUGCUCAAAGGUACGAGGAGCCUAUGAAUAAAAUGCACAUGAUAAUGGUCUCCUUUUGGAAAUGAUCCAUCCAGAGAGCAAGUCAUUAUGUUGUAUCAUUUCAAGUCUAGAAUAGAAUC